AUGGACAAGCUUCAAACUAUUCGAAAUUCAUAUGAUGUUUGGUGUUUAGAAAUGAUGGAUGAUUUAAAUUGGAAAACAUCCAAAUGUAAUUGUCUGGCUUUUCUUAAAGAUUACAUAUGCAAGGAUAUGGUUGGAAUGGCUAUUCGUCUGAAAAUUUGCAAACCACCUGUAGCAGCAAAAGCCAAACGUGCAUUAUUGGUGCCAGUGGGCAUUCAAUGGCAUUUUGAUAGUGCAACCCUUUAUCUUUUAAAUCUCAAAUUUGAUCUAUUUCAACAUUAA